GAUCAGAAUAAUAUAACAAUUUCACCCUUUUCAUUCACCUAUAUAAACGAAUGCAAUUAGGGUUUUCAUAUCCUUACAACCAGACGCCUCAUUUCACCGCAGCUCUAAACGCCGUCGUUUAAGGUUUAGCCUGUGUUCAAAGACGUUGCAAACAUGCAGAACGAGGAGGGACAAAACAUGGAUCUCUAUAUCCCCAGGAAGUGUUCGGCCACCAAUAGGCUGAUCACUUCAAAGGACCAUGCUUCAGUCCAAAUUAAUGUUGGUCAUUUGGACGAAAAUGGUCUAUAUACCGGUCAAUUUUCCACCUUUGCACUCUGCGGUUUCGUGAGAGCCCAGGGAGAUGCUGACAGUGCACUUGAUCGGCUGUGGCAAAAGAAGAAAGUUGAAACCCGCCAAUAGUUUGUUCUUUGGAUUCAAUUCAAGGCGUUGCAGUCUCAGACUAUGUCAAAUUUUCCGUAGCGAAGUUUUCUUGUUUUUUUGUCUAAGAGAUGGUAUUUUUAAAGAAAUACUGAUGCAUCAGUUUUGAUGUUAAUGUUUGGAAUGUUUUUACUGUAUUUUGCUAGACUUUAAAGCCUACUCAUCUUAAUGCUGUGCUUUUAUUAUAUCA